AUGAUAUGGAGGGGAUUGGAGCACCUGAAUCACAUGAUUGGGAGGGGAUUGGAACACCUGAAUCACAUGAUAUGGAGGGGAUUGGAACACCUGAAUCACAUGAUAUGGAGGGGAUUGGAACACCUGAAUCACAUGAUGGAGGGGAUUGGAACACCUGAAUCACAUGAUAUGGAGGGGAUUGGAACACCUGAAUCACAUGAUUGGGAGGGGAUUGGAACACCUGAAUCACAUGAUAUGGAGGGGAUUGGAACACCUGAAUCACAUGAUAUGGAGUGGAUUGGAACACCUGAAUCACAUGAUAUGGAGGGGAUUGGAACACCUGAAUCACAUGAUUGGGAGGGGAUUGGAACACCUGAAUGAUAUGAUAUGGAGGGGAUUAGAACACCUGAAUCACAUGAUAUGGAGGGGAUUGGAACAGCUGAAUCACAUGAUAUGGAGGGGAUUGGAACAGCUGAAUCACAUGAUAUGGAGGGGAUUGGA